GAAGAAGUUGUCUUCGUUUGGUGAAGUUUGUUCAAUGGGAUGCUGAAACACAUCAACAGCAGGUAGACAACAGUAAGCUCACAGUUGGGCGGAGCCUGUGGUGAGCGAGCGCUCUAGUUGGUUACCGCGUUGCGAUACACUGCGUCAUGCGGGCAGGAUGGAUGUGAAAGAACGCAGGCCCUACUGCUCACUAACCAAGAGCAGGAGAGAGAAAGAGCGCCACUACACGGGCUCAUCCGGCGACAGCGAGGACUGCCGUGUGCCCACCCAGAAGUCCUACAGCUCCAGCGAGACGCUCAAGGCCUUUGACCACGACUCCUCACGUCUGCUGUACGGAGGCCACGUCAAAGAGAUGGUCCACCGGGAGGCAGACGAGUACAGCCGCCAAGGUCAAAACUUUAACCUGAGGCAGCUGGGAAUAUGUGAACCAGCCACACGCCGUGGCCUGGCUUUCUGCUCAGAGAUGGGCCUCCCCCACCGUGGUUUCUCUGUUGGCGCAGGCUCAGACGUUGACACUGAGAACGAGGGGAUGAUGUCACCGGAACGCACCAUGCGCCUCUGGGGCAGGGGUGUCAAGUCCGGCCGCAACUCCUGCUUGUCCAGCCGUUCGAACUCAGUGCUGACCCUGACCGACACAGAACAUGAGAACAAGUCAGACAGUGAGAACGGUGAGUGA